UAAAAUAGUUGUUGUUUAUGUGUUGAUAGCGGUUAAAAUGUUAUGAGAUUUCCAGAAUAAAUUAUGCUUAAUUGAAAUGUUUAAAGCCAAAAAUUUGCUAGAAAUAGACACUGAUUUCUAAUUAGAGUGGAUAUAAUUUAAAUGGAUAAGAUUUACUUUUUUAUUUCAUUCAACUAGAUUAGAUUUUAUACCAGAAAAGAUAAAAAUAAAUUUUAACAAACGAUUUUUUUUAUAAAGAUUUUAUUAUGGACUCAGUUUUGUCAUCAGACGAUAGCUGUGAUCAUGAUUUAAAGAGCUUAAAAAAUCAGUUGAACGAAUUUGGUCUGGAUGAAGAUAAUUUAAGUAAAGAAGAAAUGAUGGAUAUACUUAAGGCACUUAAUUAUUCAAAGGCAACAGUUCAACCAGAUCAACCACCACAAAAAGAGAAGGAGGAAAAAUCCAGCAUCACUCCACCCAAAAUGAUGACAAGACGAUAUUUAAAUGUGAGAGACAGACGCAUGCCUUGGAGCCUUAUUCCUCAUACUUUAGCACCGGCCGAAAAAGCUAGAACUCUUGCUGUAUAUAUAAAGUUAAUGUCAAUAAAUUCAUACCGCCAAGCAAGGCAGUCAUCAAAUAUGACUGCUUGGUCUCCGCCCAUCCAAAUUGUUGAGUCAACUAGAAUACAGCCCCAUAGAUCAACAAGAAGUGGUCGUUCUGUUCCACUGUAUGCUGAUUAUGAUGAUGACUCAUCAGACUUUGACUGUGUGAUCACCAAAUCCAAGAAAAGAAGGGUAUCAAAUACUGAUCAGACGGAUACAUGUAUUAAAAAAGGAUUAAGCUUAAAGCGUAAACUACAAAAGGAUGAAAAUAUUAGGCCAAUCAAAGAAGCCAAAGUCAUACAUGAAAUACAAAGGUCUGAUGAUGAAAAUAAUUUAAAAGUUGAUAUUUAUUCAAUAGUUGAUGACUGAAAAUGUUAAAUAGAAUUUUUUUACAUAAUAACACACCUUAUGCAAAUACUGAUCAUUUAUAAAAUUGAACUGUCUUUGACAACAUACUCAUAAAUAAAAUUUGUAGCAAUGAUU